AAAAAUUCCUUAUUAAUAUGUAUAUAAAUUUAGCUCAUCAAAGCCUAUGUCAUCUUGCCCACCAAAUCCAACUAUUGGUGGAACUUCUGGGACAAAGCCAUUUGAUCUAAAUGCUGGUGUUGCUACAGUUCAGUCUAAUGAUCAAGAAGAGACUCAAGUUGUCAAGUUAAUCACAGAGGAUGAAGACAAGGCAAUUAAAGCGAAGGACAGUUUGACAAGUCCUGCAGAUGCUUGGUUCUAUACUUUAGACAAAAGUAAGGUCAAAAGUUGGCAUGAUUUGACUUACAAUUUCAUGAAGCAAUAUGAAUACAAUACAUCACUAGCUCCUAGUAGAGAGGAUCUUCAAAAAGCAAAAAAGAAACGAAGUGAGAACUUUAAGGAAUUUGCUCAAAGAUGGAGUGGAUUAGCUGCUCGAGUUCAACCUCCACUGACUGAUCAUGAAUUAAGUAAUUUGUUCAUCAAGUCAACCAAAGGACCUUAUCGUGAGAAGUUAAUAACUUGUGUGAAUUGCACUUUUGCCCAGUUGGUUGUUGUGGGAGAACAAGUGGAGGAUGGAAUCAAGUUUGGAAUUAUCAUGGAUUAUCAAGCAAUGAAGAGUCUCCUUGAACAAUACCAAAAUGAUAGUUCAGGGGCUUCUAGUUCAAAGAAGGUUGGCCAGAAUCAAAAGAAGGAAGAUGAGAAUGGCUCUAUAAGCUCAAUUUAUAAGGCUUAUAGAAGAAAUAAACAAGCACGUGGGCAGUUCGACAGUUGGUUCCAAGCUUCAACUCAUCAAUCAAUGACUUUUACAAGCCAACUAUCACGCCCCAGAACCCGAAUCUAGGGACGUGGCAGACGUCGUGCACUCGUGAUAAGGUCCCACAAAUGCACAAGGCUCGAAACUUAUCCAAUUCACAAUCUGAUACCACCAAAAUCUGAAGAUAAAAUCUUUAAUAUUUC